AUGGCCCAGGGAGCAGCGAAGGUUGCUCCAAUGGUGUCAUUUGACUCAGCGUGGAUAAGACGUAUUGCCGAAAGAAAUUUUGGUAUUUCCGAUGACCCCCGCAGCGGACAACCGAUCGAGGCUACAGACAAGCUUCAUGUUGAAAAAGUAAAGAAACUUUUGGAUGAUGAUAGACGUUAUACAUAUGAGGAGUUAGCUGAGGGUGUUGGAAUUGCUCAUGGAUCAGUUCAUACGAUAUUAACGAGGCAUUUGAAAAUGCGGCGGGUUUCCGCGAGGUGGGUCCCUCAUCACUUGAAUCGGGACAAAAUGACAAACAGGGUAGUAGUUGCAGAAAAACACUUAAAGCGGUAUAAAGAUGAAGGUGAUAGGUUCUUAAAUCGUAUUGUUUCAAUAGAUGAGACGUGGUUACGAAGCUAUGAACCUGAAUUAAAAUCGCAAUCUUCCGAAAGGCACACUCCUGGGUCACCAAGGCCUGCAAAACUCCGACGAAAACAGGGAAAUCUGAAACAGCUGGCAAUUAUGGCAUAUGAAAAUGGUGGCGUAUUGGCCACAGACUAUGUUUCCCUUGGACAGACAGUUAACGGAACGUAUUAUGCAAAAUGUUUGCAAGAGAAAUUGAGGUCAGCUGUACGUAAAAAGCGACCCGCACUCUUAAUGCGGGAGUAG